AGGGGCCUCUCCAUCCCCACUCUUUCUCUCUGCAGUGUGCGAUCAGUGAUCAGUCCAUCCAGGUGACCCAUGAAAAGAGCUUGUCUCAUGAUGAGCCCGUUUGUGAGAUGGAGAUCAGAGAUGGAAUUAGAUAUGAAUAUGUAUUAUGAGGAUGAUGAAGAGGAAAUCAAUGAGGAUGGAAUGGCAGAUCAGUCAGAGUCGGAGGACCCGGUUGAAGAUUUUCGAAUUUUUGGGAGUCAGGAACUGAUAGAAGAACAGUUCGAGAUGAUUUUCCAUUCAGACUGGUGUCAAAGUCGAGCAAAUAGGGAAACAAGUCCGUGCACAUUACCGUAUUGCGCGGUGGUGGACAACUUAGUCAGCCACAUGAAGAAAUGUGAGGUUGGCAAGUCCUGCACCAUGCCCUUCUGCUCGACUUCUCUCCAAGUAAUAAUGCAUACUCAUAAGUGCAAUCCUUUUAAUUGUUCUCUCUGUUAUUACUUUCUAAUGAGAAAACCUAAGGAUAUAACCCCCAUCGAGGAUGACCACGCUCAGCCACAGUCGGAGAACUUGGAUGAAGACCAACUCAUCCCCGAUGAGAAUGAGAAACUGAUACAACAACAGUUGGUGCUGCUUCUCCAUGUAAUCGACUGUCAAUUGUCAGAGACUCAGUGCACAGUGCCAUAUUGCACGAUAAUGAUGGACAUAUUCAACCACAUGACGACAUGUCGGGCUGGCAAGUCCUGCUCCGAGCCUCACUGCUUGUGUUCUAACCAAAUACUCUUUCAUUGGGAACACUGUAAGCUUUCUCCUCGUUGUCCUAUUUGCGACCCUAUCAGGAAAGCCUACAAGAAUGCGAGUGAUUCUAAUGAGUUUUUGGAUUUCUUUGAAGAAAUAACACUUCAGGCGUUCCCGUCUUCCUGUGACAUACUACGUGCAUUUGAAGCUCUUGGUAUUUAGUGACCACCCAUCACCGGCCAGCUGAUAGCACCUGGAGCUGCUCAAGUGAGGUCGGGACUACUGGUACCUACCCAAGUGCUGUUCUGGCUUCCCAACAACCCAGUAUGUUUAGUUCGUACAGUUGGACGGACAGUUUGAUCUUCUAUUAUAUUGUUAAACAUUCCUACCUAGAGCUGGAAUUUUAAAAAUAAUAUAUAACCUUUAUAAUCUCUGUAGAAUAUAGGCUAUGUUGAAAUUGAUUUGAACUUUAUCACCACAAGACUUAAAUAAAAACAUUAUUCUGCAUAGAAAAAGGACUUGUUUGAAGUAUAUUAUCACUAUAAACGCAAAGUUUAUUAUUCACAUUUUCAGUUGCCAAUGUAUCCAUCAUAUUUGUCUAACAGCAGUAUUGCUGGGUAUGCCGUGUCAGUUUUAUGUGAGUGACACUGUUUUUCCAUAUAAGCAGCAUUACAAAUGCUGCUCACACCAAAUUUAGUUUUAGAGGUUAUAUGGAACAAAUAAAAACUUUAACUGCUGCGUUCCUGGAUUUGCCAUGACACACGAGUGCCGGGCUUAGUGACACUAGCAUUUUUUAUAUGCUUUUGACACAUUAUUUAAAGUUUUAAAUAUACUAAAUAAUUACAAUGUUUACAAAAAUCUCAAAUAAUUUCUACUGAGAGUUGAUAUGGUAAUAUAAUUAAUUAUUAUUACCAGUACCACACAACUACCUACGAAUAAACAACGGAAACACCUAUUAACAUAUCAACGUAAUCAUUCCUGAACUCGAUACAAAGCACGUUGCGUCCUAGUAUUUUUAGUAAUGUCCACAAGAUUGCACCCCCAACUGGACAGCUAUCUUCUAGACAUUUCUAACGUAAUAGAACACCAAGUAACACAAAAUAACAGAUGAUAGUCUGAAAACGAGUAUACUCGAACGUGGUGGUUGUUCAUAAAACUAGACUUGCAUGACAUAUGUCUGGCAUGGCAGUUAAAUGGUUAAACAGUUUUUAGUUGUAUACGGUUUACAUCGGUAUAAGUUUAAUACGUUUGGAAACAUUGAUGGAAAAGUAAACAAAAGUUGAUAUUUAGUGAACCAAACCAGGUUUUUGUUCUAGAUUCUCAAACUGAUCCUGAACAUUUCCCAUCAGAUAACAACUUUGAGGGCUGUCAUUGUCAAUCUGAUUCAGACAAUGAAAUAGAUGUGAAAUGAUAUCGAGCCACGUGGACAGUAAGCUGUAAAUAACAUUAGUUAAUUUCAAAAAGUAGUUAUUAAAGUACAAAAUAUACAACUGAGAUGCAAAUGUAGAAAACAAGUUGUUAGUCAUAUAUGACUGAUAUGGCAUUUUAUAAAAAACAAGAAAUUGUAUAUGGCACAGGUAAUAUAUUUUGGAGAUGGCCUGUAUGAAAAAUUGCUGAUGACUGACAUGGCGUUUAAGUGUUUUAUACAUACAUACAUAUAAUAUAUAUAUAUAUAUUUAUUAUAUGAGCUUAGUUUAUAAAUAUUGAAACCGUUGUUUCAAAGUGUAAUCACAUUCUAAAAUAUUGACGCUACAAUGUUAAAAUUGCAUUUAAUUUAGUAAAAGAUUUUGUGAGUGUAUAUACAUACGCACACACACACACACUUAUACACACACUUAUACGCACAUUUAUACACUUUUCUAAGUACACCAUUGAGGCCUGCAACACAAAUUUCCACUAACUGGCCUUCCUCUUGAAAUUCACAGUAGUAUUACAGGUUUAUCCAUAAAAAUUAACUAAUCUAGUUUUGAAUUCAUACAAGACUCUUGCCCAGCAACUUAAGCUGCUACAUUUGGAGAUUUCAAAUAAGUAUCAAGAUGCAAUUUAUAACCUUAACAUAAUAUCAAACUCACUGAAAUUUAUAUCUAUAAAAUUCCAAUUGUUACUUCUCAAGCUGUCAACUCUGCAAGCGAAUUCUAAAAACUAUUGUAAUUCAGCUGAUGGAUACCAAAAUAAUAGUUCAAUUUCACAUCAUUUUUGGGCUGGUAGUAGUUCAAUUUCUGAUAAAAAUAACCUAUCUCAACUCUCCAUAAUCAAUUCAAAUGUUAAUCCUUGUAUUCAACAACAAACCUUUCUGCAAUCUAUCAAAUUCCUCAUUUCCUAAUACCUUACAUACUAUUAAAAACGUAUCUGAAAAUGAAUUUAGAGCAAUUAAAUCACUACAUGAAAACAAAGACAAAAGUAAUAACAUCAAAUGUAACUUGUGCAAUUCUUGUAACAAGCCAAGCUGUGGCAUUUGUAAAAUGUGAAUAAAUUCCAAGUCUUUAAAAGUAGUACAACUGGAAAAGAUUAUCCUAUUAAAUGUAACAUAAUUUAUCAACUAACGUGUAAAUUCUGUCCCAAAGAUUAUAUUGGAAAAACCAUCACUGAUAAUGACCAAUUAUCAGUUUGAUGAUUAUUUCUGCUCAUGCGAUUUAACACAAAGUAUAUUAGAAAAUUGCAUCAAUCUAGGAGUAAUUUACCAUUAGAGCCAAAUCCUAACCAAAAUACUAAUCUGAUCAAUUUAAGAAAUGUUGAAAUCGCAAAUCAAUUUUAAAAUGAAGGCAACCAGAUGGGUUGAACCUAAGGUGAUUCUCUUUUUCCUUCUUUUAUAUACAUUUUUAGUUCUAUGUAAACAUUCUAAAAAAUUCUACAUACAGCUGAUUGGAGUCUUGUUGUUUAUGGUAUUUAUUUGUAAAAAUUCUUUUUUGGUUACGUUUUUAUUCUUGGUUUGGGUUCUUUUUGUUUGUUUCAUUAAAUCAGUGGAGUUCUGGGAACUUUAAAAUUAGAAUAUGAACACUGGUUUUUUCUGUUUUUGAUAAACUUUGAACUACUUGGAAGUAUUGAAGCCGAUUAGUAUUACAGAAGAUCUAUAAGCCUGCUGGUAUUGUGCUUUUGUUUUUAUCUCCUUGUGAACAAUGAAUAGAAACUCCAGCCAUUUCAAUUUUGUAGAUAAAUCUUCUUUUCAGAAAAAAUUUAGAUAUCACACCAACAACAUUGCCAAGUUAAAUUGUAACAUCAUGUUUUUGACAGCUUGUUUAUCCAUAAGUCAGAUUUAAAGAAAAUAUAUAUUUUUAUUGUAGUAUAUUUUAUUAUAGUACAUUAUAUUAUUUUGUAUACAGUAAUAUAGUACAAUAAUGUAAAACAAAUAUAUUGUUAUUUAGUUUAAUAAAUGUAAGCAAAAUCAUUUAUACUUUAGUAAAGUUGAUGAAUGUAUGAAAAUUUAGCGUAAUCAUAUUAAAUAUAUUCAUUCAUUUAAUAAUUAAAAAUAAAGAGGUUUCUAUGGGGAAA